GUGGAAAUGAAUUUGUCUAUACGGACAGUACUUACUUCUUUGAUUAUACCAUUUUAAAAGUAUUUCUCAAGAUCUUGGAUGAAAUUCAACCAUUAACAUAUGAGUUAGAAGCAUGGUCUGAUUUCUUAUCAACAAAAUCCACAAAACACUUCAUAACACAAGAAAUCUCAACAUUAGAAAAAGCACAACUAACAAUUCUAAAGGAGCUUUAUUCUCUCGAUAAUCCCAAAUUAAAUGUUUUAAUAUUAAAUAAUUCAAAAUUUUAUCACAUGGGAACCAUGUUUGAAUAUUUAAAUGAAUGUUGUAUGAAUCCUCAAUUUAAACAUCAAUUAGGAAUUGUAACAUUUAGUUCAGGAGAAUCGUUAGAUAAGAAAACUUCAAAUAAAGGAAAUAUUUGUAUAAUAAAUAGUGAGAUAAAUGAAAAUACAGUAUUAUUUGAAGAUUCUGCUCCUAUAAUCUUAGAUAAUGUUAAAAUUUAUAAAACUUUUGCUGAAGAAAAUAAGGUCAUAAUUGGAGGAUGGAGUAUAUUAAAUAACAUUGAAUUAAAUACAUCAAAUUUAAUGUUAAAAGAAAUUAGAAUACCAAAUCAUACAUGUAUGUUUACUUUACAUUUAAAAAAAAUCUUAACCUCUAAAACUUCUUCUGUUUUUAAUAAGAAAGAAGGUUAUGUUACAUUUAUCUUUGGUAUAAAUGAUGAUAUGAAAGCAAAGUAUUCUUUUAAUUCUUUAAUUAUUUAUCAAAAUAUACUUGUACAUAAAAUCAUUCUUUCACAAUAUUAUAAAUAUAUAAAUUUACAAGAACAACUACCACCUAAAUUAGCAUUAUGGAAUACUCCUAUAUUUCCUAUGACUAAAACUAAAGAACAAUCUAUUAAAUUAGCUAUACAAAUGUUAGAAAAAAUAAAAAAAGCAAAAUAUAUGUUUGAAAAUAAUAUUGCAGAAGAAGAUAAAGAAAUAUAUAAAGAAGAUGAUAGAGAAAAUGAUGAAAUUAUUAUGUUUAUAUCACUAAAAAUGAGUGUUGAAAUAAUGAAAAUAUUAUAA